AUGACUUCUACCACGACGUUCGACCCAGCACCUGUCCUUAAUUAUCUUUCUCUCCCUUCUUCUUCAUCUCCUUCGCCAACAUCCCAGCCUCUUCUGUUCCUACGGCAACAUCUACCUCACUUACCGCCCUCACAUGCAUCAGCAUUCUCCAACCUCCUCACCCCCGCCGAACGAGCAGCACUCCCGCUCAUCAGGGCACGUCGGCUGGCAUACGCACUGCAUGAUCCUUCUCCACACCAGCUUACCUGGUCACAUGCUGCUAGCCAAGAACCAAUGCUCUGGACAGCCCAUGGUGGUCCUUCGUCCGGCCUCUCCCCUGCUAGACUGGGUGAGAGGGAGGCGCAGGAAGAGACGGAAUGGACGAAAAGUGAGUUCAUUGGACGCCGAGGCCCUGGAGGAGGAGGAAUGAUUGGGAAUCUGGGGAGGUUGCUGGGUGAGUUCGAGGGCGAGAGGGUAGGAGAAGCGGAAAGGGUUGCUAGGAUAGAGCGAGCAACUCGUGCUGCUUCUCGAGUAGAGCAACAUGGAGAACAAGAAGAUGAGGAUAUGGACUCUCUGAGCGAACACGAGACGUCUUCGGAGGAGGAGGGUGGGAUGACAGCGGCAGAUGCAGUGAAGCAUGCCUUCGAGCGGGCAGUAAGGGAGCGCUUCGUGGAGGGAUUGCUGGAGUGGGCAGAUUAUGUCUGUGAUUGGGAGACAGACUGCGAUGGUGAAUGGGAGAGGGAUGGUGAAGAGAGGUGGUUUGACCAAGAGGAGGAGCAGGGAAGAGGGGAAGGAGAUACGGGGGAGUUGGAUUACUAG